AUGACUGCAAAAGCAGAGCUUUCGAGCUGGCCGGAGUACCCCGAGGAUUUCACCCUGCUGCAGCAACGCAACCACCUCAACUCCAAAACUUGGAUUUCUUCUCAUUCCCUCCACGCGUUCUCCAGGAGGGACGCGCACGGAGCCGCAGACGCGGGCCUCUCAUUGGAGAAAGUUCCCGACUGCGUGUCCUCCGCGGGCUUCACCGAGACAGACUCGGACCAGGCAGCGGAAGAAGAAGAAGGAGGAGGAGGAGGAGGAGGAGGCCAGGUGAGCCACUUUGGCCCGCUGAAACACAGGCGCGUCGCAGCCAACGCCAGGGAGAGGAGGAGGAUGCACGGCCUGAACAAGGCGUUUGACGAGCUGAGGAGCGUCAUCCCCUCGCUGGCGAACGAGAGAAAGUUGUCCAAGUAUGACACCUUACAAAUGGCGCAGAUUUACAUCAAUGAGCUGUCGGAGUUGCUGACCGACGUGGUCCACCCGGAGUGCACGAGUCCCCGUCCGGGCUCAGCGGACAAGAACUCCAUGAUGAGUCUGAUUCACUCUCUGCGGCCAAAUCAAUCAAUGGGUUCUUCAAACAGCAGCGAUGGGGAAUCUUCGCACCUCAGUGACAUGGAGGAAAGACAUUAACAGAGAACCACUGACUUAUUCUGCAGUGUCCAAAUAUUGCAGCUUGUAGAA